AUGAAGUUAUUCACUAAGAGAGCUUGGUCUCUCAGUUUAACAAUUCUAAUCUUAGCCCUCUUACUUAUUAGCAGAAUGCAAGCUAAUGAGUAUACGAAGGAGAUGCUAGAUGAGGAAGAAGAUGAUAUUGAUGAUGAAGAAUACAAACCUGUAGAAAAACAGAAAGUUUACACCCUUACAGAUGAUAAUUUUGAGGAAAUUUUCAACCCUCCUGAAACUGAAGAUGGCAAUCCUGGCAAACAGUAUAACUGGCUUGUUCUUUUCGAUACCGGUGAUAAAUACUGCAAAAUUAUAAAUGAAGAACUUGAGACUCUUGUCAGCUAUAUCAAUCUCAAGGAUGCUAAAAUAGGCAGAGCUAAGGUAGAAGAUGUUCCCAAUACUCUUUGGAGACUUGGGCUACCUGCAAAGCAACGUAAUCUUGUCUUUUUCAAACACAAUGAAGACAAAGAUGCUUAUGUUAAGACCCACAUGUACAAAUAUCACGGACCAAAUGGAUAUAAUAGCUUAAGAUUCUUCAUUCGUAAGGGGUACAAGAAACACUCAAGUGAUAUCCAGGCUGUGCCAGCUGAGAUGUCUUAUUACAGCAUCAAGUUUCAGCAGGGGCUACAUUUUCUGUACAAUUUUCAAAGUCAUUUUGAGGGAGCUUUUGUGAGACUAGGUUAUGGAAACUACACAAAUUUCGAGAAAAAGUUUAUUAUUAUCUCAGUAAUCCUUCUUGGUGGGCUAUUCUUUGGAAUGAUAUUCAUCUUUAUUAUCAAAAAGUUCCUACUCCGUGAAUCAAACACAGACGAUAGCGAUAUUGAGCAAGAGGAAGCAGAAGAAAUCUAUUAUAGAAAGAAUAAGUAG